AAUAAUAAAUAGAAAUCCCAAUUUGCACCUAUUUCCUCAAUCUACACUUCACAAAUACAUAAUUCUCACGUUUACAUACAUACUCAGGUACAUGUAUGAAUAUAUACACAAAGAGAUAGAGAGAAGACGGAAUCUAAUAUCUGUAUUGUAGAGAGAAACGUGAAACUGAAAUCGGAGCAAAAUAUCGGGACUGGCCUGUUGUUAAUUUGCACAGAUUUUUCUUUUUUUCUUCUUAAUCUGCCCCAAAUCUUAUCUGUAGGCGAUGACCAGACACAAGGAGCGAACACUUGAGAACCUCUACAAUGUGACUCCCGCUUUGCCUCAGCCGGAGAUUACUCCAGUCUUAAGUGGUAGCUGUAGGAUGCAAGGGCCUGUUGAUGAAGCAGAUUAUGACUUGCAGCCCGAUAUGGUAUCUCAAUCUUAUAAGGAUUCCACCAGCUUUUCUGAUAAAAGUCAAAAGGUCAACGUAAGGGCAAAGUCCGGAACUUGUAACGUGUGCUCUUCACCUUGCUCCUCCUGCUUGCAUAAUUAUCAGGUCUUGAUGGUUACAAAGACUGAUAAAUUUUCCGGAGAAACCUGCACAGGAAAUGCUGUGUUUGACCGGGGCAUCCGAUUUGAUAUCGGACAAAACAGCGAGACCAGCAAUGUAGUAUGCAUAAAUUCUACUUCUGAUUCUCUCUCUGAAAAUGUAGCAGGUAAAGCAACCUUGAGGACGUCUGAUGCAUCAGAAGAUACUGUGAUGCUUUCGCACUAUGAUGGAGUGAAAGUUCUAGAAGGGCAUGAUGAUAAUUUGUCCUGUAUAAGUGCAUCUAAUGAGGUAAAAGUGUUUACCAAUGGUGUCCGAAAUGUAGAUGGGACAAAUCUACCCUGUUCAACCACUUCUAGUCCAGUUGAGAAAUCUCAAUAUACAAUUGGUUAUCAGACUUCAUCGCAGCACAUGGAUAAAUGUGAUAUUGAAGAUGGUAUGAAACUGACUAGCAGGCAGAGCAAGUUUUUUGGAGAAUUCUCCGACAAGGUGCCCUCUAGUAGGUCACCAACUGGCUUGUCUUCACAAAAUUCAAGCUUGAUGAAAAUUCCCCUAAAAAGCACUUAUGAUUCUCCUGAGUUGGUGAAGGUAGAGAACACUCUUUCACAAGCUUCCAAUGGAAAAUCUCUCUCUGGUGAUCCAAAUUUGAUGGACUUGGAAGAAAAUUUGCAUCCUCUUCCUCAGGGGACACAGUCGGAGUGCUCACACGAUCAAUUGAAUUUGAUGUCGUUGAAAGAGGCAGUAUCUGAUGUUAUUUGUGAUAAUCCACUGGGUGGUACUCUGAAUUCCAUGAAGAAGAAUGAAGAUAUGUUGGAAGUCCAGCCUUUAAAUGUGAGCAACGACUCUGAUAUGGAAGAACAGGAUGUCAAAGUUUGCGAUAUCUGUGGGGAUACAGGUCGGGAGGAUCUGCUCGCUGUCUGUUCUCGGUGUAGUGAUGGGGCAGAACAUACUUACUGCAUGGAAGAAAUGGUGACUAAAGUCCCAGAAGGUAACUGGCUUUGUGAAGAAUGCAAGGUCGAGGAGCAAAUGAGUAAUCAGAGGCAAGAUAAGAUUGGAUGGAUAGAUGGGAAUGAAAAGAACAACUCCUGUGGUCAAGCAAGUAGUGAAAAUAAAAUUAGUUUUGAUGUUGAGGGGAACAGAACAGAAGGUUGUUCAGAUAUGAAAACUUGCGGAAAACGGCCUAGGGAUGAUAAUGAAGUUUCUUUUAUGGCAAAAAAGCCUGCCAUCGAAUCAAUCAUGGGGUCACCAAGAAACUCCAAUUCUAGCAAAACAGCUGCUCUUUCACGUGAGAGUUCAUUCAAGAACUUAGAUAAGGGAAGAACGCAGCCUGUAAAUCUCUCUUCUUCUGCCACACUGCCAGUUAAUGAUACUCUGGAAUCAGCAUGCACUUCUCCGGAUUCACGAAUACAGGCAUCUCGAGGUACAUUAUCGAAGUCUCAUUCGUUCAAUUUUUUGAAUUCAAACUCAAAAGUCAAGCUUGUAGAUCAAGUUGCUCUUCAGAGGUCAGUAAGGGUACCUGCCUCUAUACAUCUGAAGGAUGGUGCAGUCAAAUCUAUGGGAAAAUCUAUGUCCUUCAAAUCUACAAACUCGGGCCGGCCUGAAUCAAAAGUGAAGAUGAUAUCCCCUAGACUAACCCAUGUCCAGGAUAUGAAACAUAGAAAAGAAAGAAGCUCAUUUGAAAGAAAGAGCUCUUUCAAAUCAGAACGUCCAUUGAUUAGUUCAAUAAUGGCUAAGCCUGCCAUUUCUACAUCUAACAGUGAAAAGAAACUAGUAUCUCUGGGUGAAUCUUCUUCUCUCGCGAAACGCUAUGAAACCAAAGCUGCACAAACUGACAAUAAAUCAAUGGGUUUAUUGAAAUCAUCCAGUCUUGUAGCCCGAAGGAGUUCAGAUUCACCUUUUUCUUCAGGCGAAUUUAAGACACCCUCUUCUUACGCGCAUAGUACUACUGGAGUUUCAUCUACCAAUGUAGUUGGCAAUUUUGAAGAGAAAAUUAACCAGAUUGUCUCAGAGGAGGACUCCUCAUCAUGUGCUGGUGUUUCCGAGAGACUGCCGUGUAAUACUAAUGAAGACCUACAUGAUGGACUUCUUCAGCCUAGGGAAGCAACAAAUUCUGGUGAGCGAAUGAGGGAGCAUUCUGGGAAUCACUUGUGGCAGGGUAAUACUAAUGGUGGAAGGGCUAUUUUGUGUAAAAAAUGUAAAGAAUUCGGACAUGUGGCCCAAUCUUGCAUGUCUGAUGAUCCUGGGUUUCCUGCUGUUAGUCCAACUAUAAAAUUUUCCAGGGACGAAAAUGAUAGUCUAAAAGUGGCUAUUGAGGCUGCUAUGCAUAGAAAGCCUGGAGUUCACCGUAAACAUAGAGCUUGGGCCCAAUCUGAUGAGUCAUCUGUUUCGAGCAUGAAAUCUGAAAUAGAUUGUCGAGAUCAGUUGUCAAGUUCAGGUGACAAGAGAAAUGUGUCCUCUGCUGCAGAGAUUAUUGAGAGGCAUACAGUACCCAGCAGUUUGACUGAGGACUCUGUUAAACAAGAAACUUGUGACACAUCAAAGCAGUUGAUGUUGGUUCCUGUUGAAGCUCUGUCUUCCGGAGGAGGAGAGUCAGUGUCAGUUGUUCCAUUGGAUGGGAAGUCUUCCUUACAAGGCACAGUUCCUAUUUGCUUGAAAUCUUCGGCUAUUCCUGAGCAUGAGUACAUAUGGCAAGGAAGUUUUGAGGUUUUUAGAAGUGGUAAGAUCCUUGACUUACGGGAAGGAAUCCAAGCCCAUUUGUCGACGUGUGCAUCACCUAAAGUUAUUGAAGCAGUAAACAAGUUUAACCAUAGAAUCAUCCUAAAUGAAGUGCCUCGUUUAAGCACAUGGCCGGUACAGUUUCAGGAAUUUGGUGUUAGAGAAGACAACAUCGCACUCUUCUUUUUUGCCAGAGAUUGUGAGAGCUAUGAGAACAGCUACAAAAUUUUGCUGGAGAGCAUGAUGAAGAAUGACCUUGCUCUACAGGCAAAUCUUAAUGGUGUCGAGCUCUUGAUAUUUCCAUCUAACCAGCUUCCUGAGAAUUCUCAGCGUUGGAAUAUGCUAUUCUUUUUAUGGGGCUUGUUCAGAGGAAAGAAAGAGUAUUGCUCACAACAUCUGCCUGAAUCCUCAAAGCAGUUUUGUACACCUCCAGAUAUUCCCCCAGUUAUAAUGUCCUUGCCUGAGAACAAAUACUCUCUUGGGCCUAUAGCCAAGGAUUUGUCUGCAUGUGAUGAUGUAGCCCCAUCACUGGAUGUGUCUGCUUCAGGAAAAUUAUGGAGUUUAUUGUCGUCUAAAGUUGUAAAUGGAGAUUUUGAUACCAAAGUACUUUCUGUGGAUCAGCUGGAUGAUAGAAUAGAUUCCAUUUCCUUGUCUACCGAACGAAGUACAAGUGCAAAAUUGUGCCACGAAAUGAGUGGCACUUGCCUGGUAUUGCCUAUUCUUUUUGACAUGUGCAUAUAAUUAUUCUAAUUAUAAUCUUGUUCUCUC